AGAGCAUUUGAGUAGUGUUGUCAGUCUACUGUUGGACUCGUCAAGUAAACGAUCGGUCCUAGGCGUUUAUAAGCAGAUGUUACUGCCACUCGCCUAGAAAUAUAUUAAGUGGGUGAGAAAUAACAUUCUACAAGAACAGUGUUAGUUACUAAGAACAAGUGUGAUAGUGUAAGUUGUAUUUAUAUGUGUGUGCGUAGUGAAACGAUCAAUAAGUUGGUGAUCGUUGUGCUGUGGAUACCCUUUGGAUUGUAAAACUGGAUUGAUUUUCAAAAUGCCUUCGCACAAGAAAUUGAUGUCUAAAAUGCGCCAGAUUGCGCAGUUGAUCCUUUUAGUGCAUGUGGUCGAAUUUUUAGAGGCCUAUUGCACACCACGAGACACAGCCCGUCGCUCUCCUCAAAGGAAUCGUCGGUCCAGAGAGCCACGCCGAUCGCCGGAUACAAAUAAAUGGCGUUACGACUCACGCAAGUCUAACUACGACUUUGAGUCUCGCCGGGCGUACGAUUACGAGUCUGGACGAAGAUAUUACGAAAGAGAAUACGACGGUGACUCUGGACGACGCGUGGAAUUUGACGCCGAGUCAGCGAGGCGACGCGCUGACUACGAGUCAGCUAGAAGAACAGACUUUGACUUAACAGCACCUGGAGUUUCCAGGCAUAGUCCUGAAGGUGCCCCAGAAGCUUCAGCAGAAUCACCGCCUGAGCCAGCGCCUUCUGCCCCUUUGAGGCACGAGAGACAGUCGCAUCACAGAUCGCAGCCUUAUUACGAAUCAGAAUCAUCUUCAGAGGAUCGAACAUCAUCAACUGAAGAAGAGGACGAAUUUGGUGAAUUUGAUCCAUUUGCGACAGCACCAUCCCUACAUUCACCGGAUAGUGGUCGAUCUGAUCCCAGAUACGCAAACGCGCCACGAAGAAACCCAAGUCCAUAUUAUUACGGUGACUUAUUCAAGACUGCACCUCCAGGGCCAGCUCCUUCAGCGCCCACCAUUUCAACUACGUCUUCACGUGGCCCUCGUUACCGGAAGUCAGCAAGUUUAGACGCUCCACACGUAGCCCCCAAACCUAAUCUGCCAAAAAGAUUUUCUGUCGCCGAAGAUGGUUUUCGUGAGCUAGAGCGGUCAUCGUCUUCGUCUGGUGAGAGCUCGUGGAUGCCACCGAGGCGUCGCGGGCGCGACGCGGCCGGCUGUGCGUGCGCCGCGCCCGAAGAUGUAGAGGAGCAUCAUUCUUCUCGCAGCGUCUUUUACGUGCCGGCGCCGUUGCCCCGCUGGCCGCAAGAGAUGACCACCCGCCAGAUUUAUGAAACUGCAUUUGAUUGCAAAAUUGCAAGGUCGGACGAUGACUUGGAUGACUUUGAUCGUGUUAGCAACCAUCCAGCACUUCUACAGGCCGAUGAUAGAAAAGUUAUAUCUUCUGCUUCAUCAGCAUUCGAAGCCGUUGAGCGAAGUGAGCCUGAUUACAAAGGUCGCCGAAAGGUGACGAUGAAAACAGAUAGUGUCAGACGCUCUAAAAUUCCUACUAUUCGUCAAAAGCGAGAAAAUGAAGGCAAUUCGUGUAUUUUAUCGGAGGAAUUAGAAAAAGUGCACAUUGAAGAAGAAGAUCGUGCGUCUACUUCUCAAUUACCCCUAAGAGGAUAUACACCGUCACCACCAUCUACAGCUCCGUUACCAACUAAGUUUCAAAAGGACGGAUCUGCUAUGAACAGUAUUAAGAGUGCUCCCAAUCUACCACAAACACAACCAGCACAUCCUCGUCUAAAAGAUUUAAGAUUACCGGUAAAGUCAUUACGAGCUCGUGAAACACCUACAAGUAGCGAUGCAAGUAUGGCUGAUGUAAAAGGCUCAGCUUCAACUGAACUUGAUAUAGGACAGCGCCUAAGGGAUUCUAGCCGCGAGUCCCGAGAUGGUGAUGAUGAGAGGCAAUCAAAAGACGGUAUUUUUUUAGAGAUUAAGGGCCGGCCCACAUCCGAUUCUGACACACCUGAAAUGAAUCGGUAUUCGGGGCCAAAGGGGGUCGGUCCUAUAAUGGAGUUUAAAGGAAGGCCCAGCGUAACUCGUCCUCGACGCAAGUAUUCAAGUACAGAAAGUAUGGCUACUAGUAGCAGUGGAGGAAGCAUGGAGUCCUUACGGAGUAGUAAUAGUGAAGGAGACCGCAGUAGUAGUAGUUCAGAAAGCCGUCACUCAUCAUCUCUUAGUUCACAUAGUUCAGAUUCUGGAAAUGUUCCGUUUACUAAGUCUCACCACAUGCAACUGUCGGGGUUUGGGCACCAUCCCAAUAAGUUGCAUAUUUUAAGUCCCAUAUCUGACAAGUCUUCACAAGAACCAGCAUCAGAAACCUCUGACAAUAACAAAAAUAACAAUUCACAAAAAGUAUCCCCCGAGGAUGUUGAUACGGGAAAUAAUACAAUUCAAACAACAGUCGAAAUCGUUGCUAAGCCCAAACGCCGUGCUUUGCAAAAUAGAAAUCUUCUGAAUUUAACAUUUAGGCAUUCGACCACUGGAGACUCUGAAAUUCAAGGAUCAGACAGUGGUAUAUCAAUACACUCGCGGGAAGGCUCGGAUUCAAGAAAUACAUUUAAUAACUUCAAAAAUAAUACUGAAGAGACUCGUAAAGAUGAGGACGUUGACUUGUCCGACCUUCCUUUCGACAUGCCAAAAUUGAGGAGACGACGGGCUGAGGCUGAGGCUGACUUGCGAUCCUUGCCAUUUGAUAUGCCCAAACUACGUCGCAAAUUACGAGGACAGUCAUUACAGCUCAAUAAUGACUUUGGAGGAGCCAUUUCUAAUGCUUCGUCGAGUCAAAGUGCUGAGGAUUUGAAUCAAGGGAACAAACAUCGGGCAAAGCUAACGUUGAAUUUCGACAGCGGUAGCGGCGGUUCUAGCAGUUCAAAGGGACUGCAUCUGAAUUUGGGACCCAUAGCCCCGCCGCGGGAUCUCGUUGAUGCCUCGCUUCCACUCGAUCGUCAAGGGUGGUACCACGGAACUUUAUCUCGAGUUGAAGCUGAAGGUCUGCUGCGAGACGCAAAUGAAGGAGCAUUCCUGGUUAGAAAUAGCGAAUCAACGAAACACGACUAUUCACUAAGCUUAAAGUCGAUUCGCGGUUUCAUGCACAUGCGGAUCUGCCGCAAUGGUGAAGGUUACACAUUGGGUGGUGCUGCCACGGCAUUCCCUUCGGUUCCUGCCCUCAUGAAGCAUUACGUCACGGCACAAAGACUACCAGUGAGAGGUGCGGAACACAUGUCCCUUUCCACACCUCUUCAGGCUGUUCUACUUUGAAAAUACUUCAAAAAUACCGAGUAUUCGAAAAUUUUCACAAGUCUAGGAAAUGACAAAAAUCGGAAUUAACCACGCUCUAUCGCUGGUCAUGAUUUUAUUGUAUGUGUAGCUUUUAGUAAUCCAGUUAUUAUACCAAAGAAUCUUAGGGCUAUCCUAAGUGAUAUUAUUGUUAGGCUGUAAUGCCUUUUGUACAUUUUAAUACUAACUUGCACCUCUAUGCAUUGAUUUACGUAUAUUACUAGUCUGAAAACCGCAGCAACCUGCAUAGUGUAUUAAUUUAUUCGCAUAUAAUCAUGUUUAUUUCAUAUAACUAAUUGUAUUCAACAUAUAUAUCUGCAGAAGGUUUAAGUACUUAUGCUUGACAUUACUCAUUCAUUUAUCUUAGAAGUUAUCAGUAUAAUAAACUUGAUUACUCAAUGAUAUUGUAAUAUCACAAUUGACGCAAACGAAGCGAUAUAAUGCUACCUAGUUGUUAUUGAUACCGCAUUUUACAGUAAUAUAAAAGAAGCAAUCUUUAUGAAUCACUGUGCUUACUUUAUCAAACUUGAUAAACACAAGAAAUAAUGUUUAUUUGCCUCUGUAUAUACACAAAUUGUUUUCAUAAGCAUGGCCUAAGUAUUUAACCACAAUGUUAUAAUUGUACUCAUUGUUUACCGAAAAGGCAAAUAUAACUGAGAUCAAGGCGUAAAUGAUCAGUUGCACAUUUUAAUUCGAUCAUAUAAUGUCUAACAAGGUUACAUUGGUAAUUUUGUAUGCAACAAAAUUAAUGUAUGUACGAGAAAAUCGUAACUAAAUGUUAAAGUCUUAAUACUUAUGUGUUAAGGUUUAUAAUCGGUAACCAGUAUAAAAAUACCUUGGUGACUCACCCGAUAGGACGGCCAGUCACGAAACUAUAUCGAUUGACUCAAAUGACUGCUAUCUUUCUAUCAUCUUACCUAUACAGCGACAUGAGUUUUCAUGUCAUGAAUAAAUCAUGAUUACAGGUCACAUCUGAAAGAUAAGUAUAUUCAUGGUCAGAUGAACCUAAAUUAAUAUCCAUACAAGGUAACGCCUAGUCAAUAGGCGAGUAAAGCGACCAGGCUAGCGGAGAAAAUGGAUGCCUAAACCUUUAUUUUUGCUUCGUAAUUAUUGCUAAUAUAAUAACUUUGUUGUAAGAUUAGAAUCUUGCCACUAAUAUUAAACGAAGUGAGCUCGAAAAUAGGCGGCCAAUUAAUAUAGAUGAUAGCUUUUGUGUCGUUCUCAGUUUUUAUAAGUCAACCCCAAGUGACGGCACAUAGCAUAAGAUGAUAGAAAAAGAAUUGCACGUGUUAUGUAAUUACCACAUUGACUUAUUUAUAUUUUUUGUUAUAUAGAAUUAAGUAGAUAUAUUUAAUGGUAACAUGGAGUCUGUGGUUAUUUUAAUCAUUUUAUUUAAACUGAAGCAUCAUUCGGAUUUGUUUCACAAAAAUAAUUUCGUUUUAUUAUUUUAAAUAUGAGUGAUGUAAAGAGGAGACAGUAGCGACCGUUCUUUCUGUGAUUUUGAUUUUUCAUAAGAUAAAAGCCAAAAAUGUUGUGUGUACAAUUAAGUUCAUUAAAAGUAUUUGACUAUUAAUAAUUUCGUAAAUAACGAGAAUAUACUAAGUUGUUGGUGUAAAAUCAACUUGAUCUCAACGUAUCUUCCUGGUAGAUUCAGUUACCUUAGACUUAAUUUUAUUUGUACCUGAUUUGAUUCAAGAUGUGUUAUGUGAGACUUAAAAUCGUUCAGAUUUAUUUUGUUAAAUUAAUAACAUAGAUUCAGUAGUAAUAUUUAAUCGGUAGAUGUAAAUGAGAACGAGCGAAUUUUGAUGUGAGAAUCUUUAUUAAGAAUACUGAACCACCGCAAGGCAGCUUGUUAAGACAAGUAUGCAUCUAAUUUUAAAUUAAAUAAGACUUAGUGUAGUGUUAGAAUUAAGUUUAAAAUAUUUUCACAUAAAUAACUGUCAUAAAUAUUUUGUACGUUUAGAUUAUCGCUAACAAAAAAGUUUUAAAAAUCAUAUAAGCGCAUAUGAUGCGUUAAUUUUUUUAAUGUAUUAAAAAUCUAAAUAUUAUCUUAAGUAAUUUAUGUGAAAAUACUUUAUUUUACUAAUUGUAGUAUCGCUUAUCGAAUAUAGGAUUAUGUGUAACGAAGAAUAGGUAUUAUUGGAAGAUUUGGAAGUGUCAAAAUUUUUUCAACAAGAAUAGGUCGGGAAUUCAUGUUAGGUAAAAAUUAUAGCUUAUAGUAGUUAUAAUCAAUUGUAAUUUUGAAGGUGUAGUUUGAAACCGAUGAUAAAAUAAAUUCCAUAAAAUA